CGCCUUUAUAACCCUUCUCUUUCCAGGUCACAUCUCCUCGACAAUCAAGCCUGCAUGUCGGAAAUGUCUUGGACAUUUUUCUCUCGUGCGUUCACAUUAUCAACACACGAUUCAGAAAACUCACGGAAGCCUUGACAAGGAUCGUCCUCAAAGAAUUCUAGUUUUGUCUGAUGAAUGCCUUUGGCUCUGCGAAAACGACUCGUGAUUUAUGAAGAAUACGCAAUCAUCGCGCGAUCAUUUAGCCCAAGCCGCAGCCGAAAUAAAGAUGUCCGUCCCAACCGAUGAUAUUACCAUUAUCGAGGUGGCGAUCAGGUUUCUGAACCUGAGACAGACCGGCACUAUAGAAGACUACACCUCAAAGUUUCGCCAGAUAUCAAGCAAAAUCACGCAAGAGAUAUACGUAGCAGCCCUUUUCUUCAACGGUCUAAAUCGAGAUAUUCAAGAUCGGAUGUACAGUAUCAGCUCGGGGAGUUUCCCAGAACGCACGAAACCAUGCGCGACGCAGCAAUUCUUAUCGGUGACUAGCUCCAUAAACAAAGGAGAUUGGAGGGACUAUGCUUCAUCUGUGGAAAUUGAGGCCACGUAGCGAAGAAUUGCUGUGGAAAGCGUAAGAAUAUACGGGCGGGUGAUACUGUGUUCUGUUGGGGUCUUGCGCCGUAUUCUAGACUUGGUUAGGAAACAAACCUUUUAUUCAAUUCAUAAUAUAUGCUAUCGUAGUGUGUCCGAGUCUGGCGAAGAUGUUGCAGCAUCAGUGCCGAAACUCAUAACACUUCUUGAUAAGCUG